AUGAAUAAGUUGUUCGUGAUUUGCAGACAGCAUUCGGCUAAGUCUUCUCAAACCCUCACGACUAAUUGUAGACGAGGCUCGUGUUCGUCGCAUACCACUGCGAAUGUAAAAACUUUGCUCAUCUCCCGUUUCUGGCGAUGA